UGUACUGGUUUUAUAUACAAUUUGAAAUAUUUUCAUCACACCGGUUAACAUAGCCUUUCUGGCUUUUUCUUAGUUAUUGUGUUAAGACAUUAUAUUCUACAUUUAGUAAGUUUCACAUGCACCCUUGUAAGAUGCACAGUAGGUGUGGUCCCACCAAUUACCCUCUCCUAGAUAAUUAAUCCAGGAAUGGGCUAAUAAACUGUGGCAUAUAUGUAUACCAUGGAAUACUAUUCAGUUAUAAACAGAUGGAGAGUUUCUGGAUCCAGGAUUAUGAUUUUCAGUUUGGAAACAGUUUCACAGUGAGGUAUGAGAUGCUCAGAAGACUCCAGCGGGGGAUCAUUUGAACACAGGAGUUUGAGGUUGCAGUGAACCAUGAUGAUACCUCUGCACACUUGCCUCAGCAUCAGAGCAAGACUCUGCCUCCUCAAAAGGGGAAAAAAGAUAUGCUAAUUCCUCCCACCCAACUGUUAUUUAUCGCCUUUAGGAAGAUCUACUACAUUUUCUGAGACCCUGGGAAAAGCUGAAAUGUGGCUAAUACGAACAUACUAGGAUUUUGAAUUUUCUCAACGGUACUUACCUAAUUUUGAGUUUGUUGGAGGACUGCACUGCAAACCCAUCAGACCACUCCCGAAGGAAAUGGAAGAAUUGGUCCAGAGCUCAAGUGAAGAUGGCAUUGUGGUGUUUUCUCUGGGAUCGAUUGUCCAAAAUCUUAAAGAAGAAAAAGUAAUCUCAUUGCUUCAGCCUUGGCCCAGGAUUCCACAGAAGGAUCAUGACCUUGGAUUCACCUUCAGCUUGAACCUGCAAUCACUCUUCCUAUGUGUUUGCCUCCUGCGGACAGUCAGCCUCAGACUGACAAGGACACAUGGACACUGGGGAUGUGGACUUGCUAAGGAGGAAGAAGAGGCGCAGGAAACUCCAGACUGGGAGGUCACAACUUCCAACUUGACCCCAUCUAUAAAUUAUGCUGGUCUUUUUCUUAUGUGUGGCAAUCAAGUAUACAAGUGUUUUCCACCUAGAUGGUCAGAAUGCUGUGGACUUGGUUAUCUGACACCCUUUGUUACCAGGUUCUUUUGGGUGGUCACCACUUUUUGCCUGGCAUUUGGAACUCAUGAGAUUUGCAAGAUUUGUAUCACCAUGAACUGUUGGGAACACUAGCCCAGCCUCUGUUGUAUUUGAAAACUGCUGCCCCCUGAUGCCCUGACAGCCCAUUAAGGAGGAGCUUGUGUGAUUGAUGAAAAUGCCACUCAGGGUGAGUAACUGUGAUCUACAUUUCUUAAAAGACAAAGUAAACAUUCUCCAUGAGUUUAAGAAAGACCUACUCCCAAGAAUAGGAAACUGGUUUAAUGGAGUAUAGGGAAAUAUGCCUAGCUCUGUUCUUUUCUACUUAUUUAUGUUCAUUCUUAUCUGUAUUUUUGUCUCUCUCUUUAUAUCUCUUGUUACUUGACUACUAACCUGAUCUCUCUCCACAGCUACCAGCUCAAAUUUUCCUGUGUGAAACUUCUGGGAAGUUUCAGAAUGGGGAAUGAAGGAGGUCAGGAAACUUUACCCCAAAAUAUAACUCCCUGGUAGAAAGAAUGUUUGGAAUUACAUUGAUUGGAAUGUUUGGCCAUUCCAAUCAAGGAACAUUGGAGGGGCUCUCCCUCUAUCUGCAUAAAACUAGAUGGACCCAUAAAAAGGAACAGUUGUAUUUCCACUUUCUUUCUUUCCCCUUCCUGUUUUCUCAAUAUAUUGCAGGAAAGAAGAUUAAGGAUGCAAGCACACCUGGCCCAGUCUAUUUGAAACAUAACAUAUAUCUCUGGUUAAUUUACAGGUUGAUCUGUUCUCCCCAUUCAUUCAUCCUCCCUAGCAACCCUCUAUGGCCCCUAAAGAGAAUCACCUCUGCCUUUUCUCCUCCCUUCUGAAAGGUGUAUAUAAACUGUCUGAACUCCAGUGACAUGCAAUAAUCACUCCGUGAUUCUCCCCAUGUGCAUGGUAUUGGCAAAUAAACAGUUCUUUUGAUAAUCUGCCUUAAUUGAGAAUUGAUCUUUCAACCAACUUUUGUGGAAAAGGACAUGAUUUACAUCCCAUCUUCUGAGGUACACCAUAGCAGAGGGUACCAUGCAAAGAAUUAUUUGGGUCCAUCAGAAGAUAAAGGAGGAGGGGUAAUGGAGGAAAAGGGUCUUUACUGUCACUUUCCCAGGAAAAAUAGGUGAAGCAGUGAAAGCAGACCUUUGUGAAUAUAAUGAAUAAUUUCAGUGGGCUCUGGAGUACAGGAGCUAUCUCUGGUUGCCUGGCAUCUAGCCUUAGGGUGAUUAGAGCAGGUAUGUAAUGAACCUGGAGCUUAAGAACAAGAGUCAGAUAAGAAGGCUAGGAUUGGCUGGUUCACGUUUGAAAAGCCUAUCACCAAGUGGAGGACUCUUCCUUAGGAGGUGGGGACUCUGCUUGAGUCAAGGUGAGGUGGCUCAGGUGUAUUAGCAAGGAUAUUCAAAGCAAAGUACAUUUGGACCAGUGCCCUUCAGGCAGAAGCCAAAACAUCACAUAUGCACAAGAUAGAAACAUUGUUACUGUACUGGGUCUUUAGAACUGUUUGCCUCCAAGGCUCAAAUUCUUUGCUCAAACCUCAAAUUCAAGGAAUUAAUGUUAUCAUGAAAGGAGACACUGCCAGACCUUAUAUUGUGUUGUCUGAGAUUCUUUGCAAAAAAUACUUCUCAUAUUCCAAAAACUCCACAUUUCUUUUAGCUCUUAAACUAGAGUUACCUGAUAUAACAA